CAGUGAUGGAAAGUAAAGAAAAAUUGAAGUAAGGGUAAAGAAGGGAACUCAAAUAACAGGGAUAUUGUGUAAUUGGGGGCGAGAGGGUUCACUCGAUCUGCAACGACGCGCGAAUCGUGAUUGAGGAGGUGGAGAGAGAUGGGAGGACACGGCGAAGGCACAACCUACAAAGGUGUUACCAUUCAUCAACCGAAGCGAUGGCACACCGUCACCGGCAAGGGUUUGUGUGCGGUCAUGUGGUUUUGGGUACUGUACAGGGCAAAGCAAGAUGCUCCUGUUGUAUUGGGCUGGAGGCACCCUUGGGAGGGUCACCAUGAUGAUCAUGGCAAGGACCAUUAGCAUUCCUUAGGUACCUCUUUCCUCUGCCGGCACGAUCUCCAAGAAUGGGAAGAACCGAACUUGAAGUGUCUGUUGCUGUGGGUGUGCUGUUAGUUGAAACCUUACCUUGAUUAAUUCAAUAAAUUGGCUGUAAAAUAAGAGAUUUCUUUUUGCAUGAUUUCAUGAGAGUUAGAUAUGUUUCAGCUCCUCACCUGUUAACUGGGAUGAAAGUCAUGGCUAUGUUUUGCUGGAUUAAUUAUCCAUUUUAUCGUUCUUCUCAGAAAUUUAUGGGCUUAGAUUGUGUGUCCAGCAUUUGACAAACACAUUUUAUAAUGUUUUUUGUUUAUUUCAAAGAACUUCAUGUUGUGCUAA